CAGGAGCACCACCUGCUGCUGGAGAAGUUGUCAGCCCUGGAGAAGAAGGUGAUCGUAGGAGGAGUGGACCUCCUGGCCAAGGCUGAGGAGCAGGAGAAACUACUGCAGGAGUCUAACAAUGAGUUAGAGGAGAGACGCAGGAGGGCUGAGCAGCUCCGCAGAGAGCUAGAGGAGAAGGAGGUAUAUCACCUCACACAUAAUAUCACAAUAUAUUACAGUGCCUUCAGAAAGUAUUCACACCCCUUGAAUUUUUCCACAUUUUGUUGUUACUGCCCUGAAUUUAAAAUGAAUUAAAUUCAGAUUUUGUGUCACUGGCCUACACACAAUAGCCCAUAAUGUCAGUGGAAUUAUUUUAUUUUUUUCGAAAUUCAGGCUGUAACACAACAAAAAAGUCAAGGGGUGUGAAUACUUUUUGAAGGCACUGUACAUCUCUAUAUGGAGGUAAUACUAUCAACUCAAAACAGUGCUGCAGAGAACUGGAGGAAGAGGAGUUAUAGCACAGAAUGAAAUAGAACAUCUACAUUGUGGCGGGGGGGGGGUAACCAGGCUGAGUCCUAGUUCAGACAACUGAAGAGUUGUAAGACAAAUGCCAGUCAUUUCCACCACACUUCCUCUGUCUGAGGUGGAGCGCGGAUGAUGAUAAGUGGCGCUGUGGAGAUGUGAUGAGUGGUAUUUUUGGUACGAGGGCACCGACAGGAAAAGGAUAUGACAUCAUCAUCAUCAUCAUUCUCAGCAUAUUGGGUACCGAAAUGAGUCAUAAAGUAGAAACAACUGUGGCAUGUCCAAAUGGCACCCAAUUCCCUACAUAGUGCACUACAUUUGACCAGAGCCCUAUGUCGGGGGGUACAACGACCAAACAUUUAGAGAACAGAUUAUUUUAUGGGACAAUAUACAAAUGUUUUUGUACAAGAUAAUUAGAAAAAUUUGUAAAUGUAUACAUUGGUUAUUCUAAUUUGAAUACAUUUUGAUGAGAGAUGAAAAUGUAAUGAAUUAAACGUUAUUUGUUGAUGUGAAAAAUCUACAUUUACCGAUUUGAAGGUUGUCAUUAGAUUUAGGGUGGGAUGGGGGUCGUCAGAAUUUCUGGUGAAAAAAAAAAUGGGCUAUAUGCUGAAAAAGUUUUGAAUAGCACUGCCUUAAAGGUCCACUAAGUCAAACCAGUCAGAACCUUGCUAGUUCAGAUCAGGUGCCUGCUUUGCUUUCCUCAGUCUGAAAAUGGCAAUGGCAUCUGUCGAUGAGCAGAGGAAUUGAACAUAAUAACAGUUGCAAACUGUAAACAACAGACCAAUAAUAAAGGACCAGUACAGUCUUGAUAAAUCCCUAAAGCGUAUUGCCUGAUAUUUCAGUAAAGAAUGGUUGACUGAAUGAUCUCUCUAAUUCCAACUAAUUUUAUGACAUCAGCAGUUUAUUUUAUUACAUCAGCAGUUUAUUUCUUCACACACUCAUCAAUUCACUCUUUGAUUCCAUGAGGAAAUCUGUUGAGUGUUCUGCUGAACUGAGCUAGUGGUAUUUACUAGUAUUCUGUAGGAGGAUAUCCCCUUGCCUUGCCAGUAUACUGACGGAAGUUUAGACAGCAAGACCUUAUCUCCUCUUCUCUCUGAACAUCCCACCAGUGUUACGCAGGCAGGUCUACCUCAAAUUGUGGCCUGUGUCCCAAAUGGCACCCUAUUGGUCAAAGGUAGUACACUACAUAGGGAAUAGGGCACCCUAUUGGUCAAAAGUAGUGCCCUCUAUAGGGAAUAGGGCACCCUAUUGGUCAAAAGUAGUGCCCUCUAUAGGGAAUAGGGCACCCUAUUGGUCAAAAGUAGUGCCCUCUAUGUGGAAUAGGGCACCCUAUUGGUCAAAAGUAGUGCACUACAUAGGGAAUAGGGUGUCAUUUGAGACAGCCAUUGACUCCAUCUUGUUUCUAGAGAAGACCACAAUGGGGGGAAAAUGCCUUCAGGUGUUAUUGUUUUUCUGCAUGUGCUGUUGUCUCCGGCUGGAGCAACCUUCUGUGUUAAAGGGACACUUUACAACUUUUUAACGUCAGAUUCAUUAUCUCCAGCACCAUACCAGUAUCUACAUGGAGAUGAUUCAUAUGAGGUUAAAAAGUGGUGAGGUUUCCCGUUAAUGAUAAAAUAAAUGAAAUCCCAAACUCCCUGUUUGUGACGUCCAUGCAGGCGGAGCGUCUGGACGUUGAGGAGAAGUACACCAGUCUGCAGGAGGAGGCUCAGGGGAAGACCAAGAAGCUGAAGAAAGUCUGGACCAUGCUGAUGGCUGCCAAGUCAGAGGUAAGAAUGUCCAAGUCCCACAGGGCUCUGGUGAAAACUAGCGCACUAGAUAGUGAAUAGCAUGCAUCCCAAGUGUUGUUGUCAAAUGGAUGACCUGCAGCAAUAGCAGAACAUUAACACAGCAUUGGUUCAUUAGUUCAUUAACACAGCAUUGGUUCAUUUCUUCAUUAACACAGCAUUGGUUCAUUUCUUCAUUAACACAGCAUUGGUUCAUUAGUUCAUUAACACAGCAUUGGUUCAUUAGUUCAUUAACACACAGCAUUGGUUCAUUUCUUCAUUAACACAGCAUUGGUUCAUUAGUUCAUUAACACACAGCAUUGGUUCAUUUCUUCAUUAACACAUAAUUGGUUCAUUUCUUCAUUAACACACAGCAUUGGUUAAUUUCUUCAUUAACACAGCAUUGGUUCAUUAGUUCAUUAACACACAGCAUUGGUUCAUUUCUUCAUUAACACACAGCAUUGGUUCAUUUCUUCAUUAACACACAGCAUUGGUUCAUUUCUUCAUUAACACAGCAUUGGUUCAUUUCUUCAUUAACACAGCAUUGGUUCAUUUCUUCAUUAACACAGCAUUGGUUCAUUUCUUCAUUAACACAGCAUUGGUUCAUUUCUUCAUUAACACACAGCAUUGGUUCAUUUCUUCAUUAACACACAGCAUUGGUUCUGUGGUUAUUCAGAUAUUGUUGUGUGUUGUCAGAUGGCCGACCUGCAGCAGGAGCAUCACCGGGAGAUCGAGGGCCUGCUGGAAAAUAUCCGCCACCUCAGCAGAGAGCUACGACUGCAGAUGCUCAUCAUAGACAACUUCAUCCCACAGGAAUACCAGGUGUGGGUGUGGGUGUGGGUGUGUAGGUACAGUUGAAGUCGGAAGUUUACAUACAGUUAGGUUGGAGUCAUUAAAACGUUUUGUUUUUCAACCACUCCACACAUUUCUUGUUAACAAGCUAUAGUUUUUGCAAGUCGGUUAAGACAUCUACUUUGUGCAAUUUUUCCAACAAUUGUUUACAGACAGAUUAUUUCAAUUAUAAUUCACUGUAUCACAAUUCCAGUGGGUCAGAAGUUUACAUACACUAAGUUGACUGUGCCUUUAAACAGCUUGGAAAAUUCCAGAAAAUGAUGUCAUGGCUUUAGAAGCUUCUGAUAAGCUAAUUUUGACAUCAUUUGAGUCAAUUGGAGGUGUACCCGUGGAUGUAUUUCAAGGCCUACCUUCAAACUCAGUGCCUCUUUGCUUGACAUCAUGGGAAAAUGAAAAUAAAUCAGCCAAGACUUCAGAAAAAAAAAUUGUAGACCUCCACAAGUCUGGUUCAUCCUUGGGAGCAAUUUCCAAACGCCUGAAGGUACCACGUUCAUCUGUACGAACAAUAGUACGCAAGUGUAAACACCAUGGGACCACGCAGCCGUCAUACCGCUCAGGAAGGAGAUGCGUUCUGUCUCCUAGAGAUGAACGUACUCUGGUGCGAAAAGUGCAAAUCAAUCCCAGAACAACAGCAAAGGAACUUGUGAAGAUGCUGGAGGAAACAGGUACAAAAGUAUCUAUAUCCACAGUAAAACAAGUCCAAUAUCGACAUAGCCUGAAAGGCCGCUCAGCAAGGAAGAAGCCACUGCUCCAAAACCGCCAUAAAAAAGCCAGACUACGGUUUGCAACUGCACAUGGGGACAAAGAUCGUUAUUUUUGGAGAAAUGUCCUCUGGUCUGAUGAAACAAAAAUAGAACUGUUUGGCCGUAAUGACCAUCGUUAUGUUUGGAGGAACAAGGGGGUGGCUUGCAAGCCGAAGAACACCAUCCCAACCGUGAAGCACGGGGGUGGCAGCGUCAUGCUGUGGGGGUGCUUUGCUGCAGGAGGGACUGGUGCACUUCACAAAAUAGAUGGCAUCAUGAGGAAGGAAAAUGAUGUGGAUAUAUUGAAGUCAGGAAGUUAAAUCUUGGUCACAAAUGGGUCUUCCAAAUGGACAAUGACCCCAAGCAUACUUCCAAAGUUGUGGCAAAAUGGUUUAAGGACAACAAAAUCAAGGUAUUGGAGUGGCCAUCACAAAGCCCUGACCUCAAUCCUAUAGAAAAUUUGUGGGCAGAACUGAAAAAGCGUGUGCGAGCAAGGAGGCCUACAAACCUGACUCAGUUACACCAGCUCUGUCAGGAGGAAUGGGCCAAAAUUCACCCAACUUACUGUGGGAAGCUUGUGGAAGGCUACCUGAAACGUUUGACCCAAGUUAAACAAUUUAAAGGCAAUGUUACCAAAUACUAAUUGAGUGUAUGUGAACUUCUGACCCACUGGGAAUGUGAUGAAAGAAAUAAAAGCUGAAAUAAAUCAUUCUCUCUACUAUUAUUCUGACAUAUCACAUUCUUAAAAUAAAGUGGUGAUCCUAACUGACCUAAAACAGGGAAUUUUUACUAGGAUUAAAUGUCAAGAAUUGUGAAAAACUGAGUUUAAAUGUAUUUGUAAACUUCCGACUUCAACUGUAGGUAUGUGUGACAACUUCAUGUCUGUCUUUCUACAAGUCGUAGACGUGUGUGUGCUUGUGUCCAUCCGUCCAUCCGUCCAUUUCUGUUUGUGUGAGAGAGUAUUUAGUUAACACUGAUGCUAAUAUGGUUCCUGCGUCUCCCUGUCUGGUGCAGGAGAUGAUUGAGAACUACGUGCACUGGAAUGAGGACAUUGGGGAAUGGCAGCUGGUGAGUUCUGCAUACAGCCACAGUGAAAUAUUUAGCCUGAGAGUAAUUAGGCUUAAGGGGAGGGAGUUUCUUCAUUAACAUAGACAGUACAGAGCCACAUUGGUGUGAUUGCCUCAUGCUUCUGACAUUGUUUCCAUGUUUACUUGUUUGUCCUCAGAAAUGUGUAGCGUACACCGGUAACAACAUGAGAAAACAGACCCCCGUGCCGGACAAGAAAGAGAAAGAUGUGAGUUGUUAGUACACACUACGUAUGAUGUUGUUAACACGAAGAAGAGAAACAUGGCAUAGUGGAUCUGGAUAAUAUUAUUCUACCCUCUCUCUCUUCCUCCACCACCCUCUCUCCACCACCCUCUCUCCAUCUCUCUCUCCAUCCCUCUCUCCUUCCUCUCUCCCCUCAGCCGUUUGAGGUGGACCUGUCCCAUGUGUACUUGGCCUACACAGAGGAGAGUAUGAGACAGUCACUGAUGAAGCUGGAGAGGCCCAGGACCUCCAAGAGUGGUAGGCCCAAGACUGGACGAAGG